UUAUUUUUACAUGUUUUACAGUAUUUCACAUUUUUAUGACAAUCCUUUUAUAAUUUGGUGAUAGUUUUAAAAUGACAGGUAGUGGAGAAAUGCAGGUUGAUGUCCUCACAACAGAUGAUAUUAGAAGAAAUAUACAACGCCAUGUAAAUUGUUUAUCAGAUUCAAGCAAGAUAACUCGAAAAAGGGGACUCUUGGAGAUUAAAAAAGAGACAAUAUCACGAAAACUUGGUAGUACAAUAUUACAAGAUAUUUCUGCUGAUAUUUUAAAACCAGUUCUCAAAUGUUUUUCUGAUACUUCUGAAAUAAAUCGAGAACUGUCUGCAAAUUUUGUCAUUGAGUACUUCACAAUUUUACCAACCACAGAGAUGUCCCUCGGAUAUAUCUUACCGUGUCUCGUUCAACGACUUGGCCAAGAAGAAAUUGUUGAACCUUCAGAAGAACUUCGUUUACUUCUAGUUGAGAAUUUACUUGGACUGACGAUAGAAUUAUGUGGGAAAAAAACUGCAGGGUUUUUGGAUGAAUUGAUUCAGAUCCUGAAACGCACAAUCAUUGAUCCUUAUGGUGAAGUUGUGAAAGCUAGUUGUAAAGUCGCUUCAGAAUUAGCGAGAUGUGUCCCGGAAUAUUUUCACAUGCAGUCAGAGUCUUUAAUCCUCCCAUUAAUGCACAGUAUAAGGCAUCAACAUUCAAAAGUGCGUGUGGCAGUACUUGAGGCUACUGCUGAUGUACUUCAGUAUGGAAAUGGAAAAAAUAUGGAUGACGUUAUUUCACAUCUGGCUCAGAGAUUUUUUGACCAAUCUUCUCAGGUUCGCAAAUGUGUUACAAGAGUAAUAGGAAGAUGGUUGCUAGAACUACCAGAUCGUUAUUCUUUCUUCUAUAAAUUUAUACCUUUGUUGUUGACGAGUUUCAAUGAUGAAAUGCCAGAUAUAAGGGAAGAAGCAAUAGAUUUGUGGCAUAGAGCUGGUGUAUUAUACGAACAAGAAAAUGAGAAAGAUUUGAAAGAUAAAUUGGAUUUUGAAGCUGAGAUUCCUGCUCUAUAUCCAAAGAAUGUGCAAAGACCUUGUGUUGGUUGUCGUGAAUUGGUUCAAAGAAAUUUAUCAAAAUUGAUGCCUGCAAUUAUACGAGAUCUCGGUGAUUGGGUUCCAGAAACAAGACAGAAAACUUCACAGUUGCUUCAUGUAUUGCUGCUUCAUGCUGAGGAAUAUACAACCCAACAUAUGCAACCUCUCAUGCAAGCAUUAAUUCGAGCAUGCGCUGAUAAUGAGAAAGAUGUCUUUCUGAAUGCAUUAGAAAGUGCAGAAUUAAUUGGUGCAUUCGUUGAACCAGAAAUUUUUUGUAAAUUUGUUCUUCCUGCAAUCCAUUCUCAAGCUGGUGUCAAUCCUAGUGCACUUGAGAUUUUAGCUUCUGUAAUUAAUGGAUGUAGUUGUGAAGUUCUUGGUGAAUAUCUCAAUACUAUUGUGGAAACAAUUCAGGAUAAUGAUGUUUGUCAAGUGUCGGAAAAGCCUGAAUAUCAUAUUGCGUUGAUAAGAUGUGUGAAUGCUCUCAUAACAACAUGCAAUGACAAGGCUGAUGACAUAGGAUUAUCUUUAUUCACCAUAAUAAUCACCGUUCUUGCUUUGAGCAAAUCAGCAGACAUUAAUGCAAAGUGUGAGGAAAGUCUACAUAAGAUUUCCUUUUCUCUGGGAUUGGAUGAAGUUCAAGAAUUAUAUGUUCGAUACACCAAACAAGUUAUUAAUUCCAUGCAAAAUUCAUAUGAAUCGUGGACAAAAUAUUCAGUGGAAAGAAAAAUUUUUGACGUUCUCAUUUCCAGAUCAGGCCAAAUUGUUGGAGAAUUACUGGAAGAAAUCAUGCCGAUACUUCAAUCUAACCUCAAUCCAGAGAAAGAUCCAGAAUUGAGAUUAAAUUUUUUCAGCUUGCUUUCUAAAUUGUUGCUGAACAUUGACAAUACGUUUAAUUCGAAAAAGAUGUUCGAAUCAAGACAUGUACAGACUAUAAUCACCGACAUGAUUGCUCCAAAUUUGGUGUGGAAAGCUGGAAGGACAGCUGGUGCAGUUAGAACAAUCGCUAUAUCAUCGCUGUGGGCAUUGUUAAAAAGUGGAGCAUUAGAGCCAGAUUUAGCAGCAUCUCUUCUGCCUGACCCACUCCUUCCUCUUUUGUCUUCUACUCUUGAAGAUGAUGUUAAAAGUACAAGGAGUAUUACAGCGAAAUUGCUUACAAGGUUUUUCUCACUUUGUCAAACGAGACUGAAUCCCGACACAGUUCAACAUAAAAUAUACAUGGAGUUAUUGAAGCGUUUGGAUGAUGCCAGCGAUGAAAUACGCUUGACUGUGGCUUCCACAUGGACUACUUUUUUCAAGUGCUUCCCAACAGAUUAUGAUGUUUCUUUAAACCGAGCACAUUUGGAAGAAAUGUACAGUGGUUUACUGGUGCAUAUGGAUGAUCCUGAUACAAAUAUACAGACAGCUGUGCUGGAUGCUCUCAAGGUUGGUGGCAAAAUAAAUCCGAGUACAUUGAUCAAAGAAAUUGAGAAAGUUAAACAUAAACAUCGUACUGCACAUUACUGUGAUGAGUUGAUAAAUUAUCUGCAGAAUUUGCCUUAAAUUGGGUAGUAACCGUAGUCUCUGCUCUUACAAUGUUGCAAGCUCAUUUUGACUAUGUUCCCUAUUGUUUUGUACUUGUUUAAAUGUACUAUAUUUAUGUUAUAGGUUCAAGGCAUUGAACUAUCUUGAUCUUUUUUAUAAUUUUUUAUCAUCCUUCACCAUUUUUAGGAUAUUUGUACUAUUCAAAUAUUAUUUUCUUUGACAUUGUCCCCAAAAAUGCUAAAACUGGCUGAAACAAUGAUGGCAGUCCAUUUUUGUGUUGUUGACAGUGACACAUCCUUGCAACAAAAGAAAAUUUUUAGGACAUUGUGUACAUUCGUAGUUUUAGAAGUGUUUUUGCAAUUUUGCUUUGGCUUCAAUCUUGUGUUGAUAUGUAGGAAGGAUUCACACGAAACAAACUGUAUUGGGUUGCAUACUUUAUGACUAAUGGUUGACACUUGGAUAAAAAGCAUUAGUUCAUAAUCUUGAAAGUUACAUCUUUUUGUAGGUUUGUAGUGCUUUACUAUGUGAUUGAUUGGUUAUAUCGUUUUGGUAUAAUUUCAUUUAAUUAAACAUAAAAUAAAUUGUAUGCUAUUUUUCAA